AUGAAGUCAUUUGCGUGGUUGAUCUCCCUCCCUAUGGUGGCAGAGGCUGGCGAAGUGCUAUGGAGUGGACUAUUCAACGCCUCUGCGACCGUUGCCGACUUUGACAAAUGGUCCUGGUCCAACCAAGUCGGCGCUUGGCAAUGGUAUAUCCAUGGCACUGCAUCAACAGACGAGUACCUAGGACUUUCGCCAGAUCAUAAGAGCCCAGCCGAUACCAGUGAAGCACAAGGCAUCCGAAUCACAAUUGACGGCACAUCCUUUUGGAAUGGCCAGACAAUGGAAAGAUCCGAGCUGAUCCCUCAGACGACAACCGAUCUGGGCAGUGGGCAUUUGUUCUACCAUUUCUCAUUGAUGACCAAUGAAACCAAUGCGCCAAAUCCCAAAUUCGAGCACCAGAUUGCUUUCUUCGAGAGCCACUUCACCGAGCUGAAAUACGGUCUCAUGAGCGGUGAUUCUGCCAGCUCGGAUAGUACCCUGCGCUGGUGCGUGGGCGGCACUUCACACUGGACGACGCAGCUCGAGGCAGGAAACUGGUAUAACUUCGCCUAUGACAUUGACUUCGACGCGCAGACGGUCGGGCUUUGGGCGUCCAAUGGGUCUAGCCCCUUGACGCAGGUCGUUUCGGGAGUUAGUGCCUCGGCUUCGACUAACUCGGCGGAUUGGCAUAUCGGCGAAUUGCGGCUUGACAAUGGGGGAUCGGAUUCAGCUGCGGAGGACUGGUUCUGGUCCGGCAUCUUCGUGGAGAAAGCUCCGAUUACGGCGGAUGUUGCGGGCCCGAAGUAA